UGCUUUCGCCUGCCUGUAACUUGACAUCAGUGUCAGCGGUGUUGGGAUUCAGUGAGGCAGCAGGGGAAAUCUGGGAAAUCUGGGAUAUCUGGGAAAGCGGAGUCGGUGAAACCCGGGACUAAACCGGAAGAAAUCCCGACGAAGCCUUGACCGUUGCACCGCGGGGUUUCCCAGCGGACACAUCUCCGCUGUCUCCCCGCUGCUGGCUGCGGGUUUUCUGCCUGAAAUCUCCCAGGAUCCGCACAGGUGAUUGAAUUCAUCCACUCUGUGCCGUGUUUGAGCUGGACUGAGCACUGUUAGCAGACCAAAGAUGGAUCAAUUAUCAGAUGAGGAGGUGGAGGUCAGGGAGGAAGAGGAGGAGGAAGAGGACGACAGUGAUAAGGAGGACAAGGACUUGGAUAAGAUGUUUGGAGCCUGGCUGGGAGAGCUCGACAAACUCACACAGAGUCUGGAUGAUGGCCGCCCUGAGCAACCCCCACAGCAGAAAGCUCCUCUCAGACAAGAGACCAACAUGGCCAACUUCUCCUACAGAUUCUCCAUCUACAACAUCAACGAGGCGUUGAAUCAGGGGGAGAACGUGGAUCUUGAUGCUCUCAUGGCUGAUCUUAGCUCGAUCGAACAGGAACUCAGCACCGUCAACGCCAAACCCAACAGCAUUGGCAGCAUGGCUCGCCUGGGGUUGACCGACACCAAGGUCCGUCAGAAGCCUCCAGCAGGGCGCAGCGGCAGGCAGCAACCAGCAGGGAGCAGCAGUGGUGGUGGUGGAAGCAGUAGUAACAGUGUGAGUGGUGGGGGGGGCAGCAGCGGGGCGAGCAGUAGCAGUAGCAGUACUAGAGCCUCACCCGCUGGCACCAUCAGAGCUUCCGCUGGGCAUCAUGGGAGACCGGCGCUGGCUUCUAACUUCAGUCUUGACGACAUCACUGCCCAGCUGGAGAAGGCGUCUCUCAGUAUGGAUGAAGCUGCUCGGCAGACCUCAUCCCACUCUCUUAGCUCCGCCUCCUCCUAUACAUCAGCCACAAUGCGGCGGCCUGGAUCCUCUCAGCGCCAACAUCGACGCACAGGAUCAGUCGGCACAGUCAGUGAACAUGAGGCGCGUUCAAUUGUUCAGUCCGCGCGCUCCUCCGUCACCUCAGCCUCCAGGGUUUCUGUUAACUCUGCUUCUUCCAUGGACUCAUUGGACAGUGUUCUUCGCAGUGAAUCAGACAGUCAGCAGUCUUCAGUUAUGCCCUCAGCUGAAGUAGCCGUUCACGUUCAUCACAACACAGAGCACUCCUAUCUGGACAGGGAAACCUCUCUGAUUCUGAGAAACAUAGCAGGGAAGCCUUCCCACCUGCUGACCAAGGAGGAGCAGGCUGCCAAGUUGAAGGCAGACAAUAUCAGAGUCGCCCUGGAGAAGAUCAAGGAGGCCCAGGUUAAAAAGUUGGUGAUUCGCGUUCAUUUGUCAGACGAGAGCUCAAAGACCAUGAUGGUGGACGAGAGACAGACAGUCAGACAGGUUUUGGACAGUUUGCUCGAGAAAUCUCAUUGUGGUUACAGUCCAGACUGGUCACUGGUGGAAAGCAUCAACGAGCUGCAGAUGGAGCGGAUUUUCGAGGAUCACGAGAACCUGGUGGAGAACCUGCUGAACUGGACCAGAGACAGCCAGAACCGCCUGAUGUUCACCGAACGCAUCGAGAAGUAUGCUCUGUUCAAAAACCCACAGAACUAUUUACUGGGGCGGAAGGAGACAUGUGAGAUGGCUGAAAGAAACAAAGAGGCUCUGUUAGAGGAGUGUUUCGGUGGCAGCUCAGUGUCUGUCCCCGAGAUGGAGGGAGUGUUGUGGCUGAAGGAGGAUGGGAAGAAGUCGUGGAAGAAACGCUACUUUCUGCUGAGGGCUUCUGGCAUCUACUAUGUUCCGAAGGGAAAGGCCAAGGCAUCCAGAGACCUGGUGUGUUUUCUCCAGUUGGAUCAUGUUAAUGUCUACCACGGCCAGGACUACAAGAGCAAGUACAAGGCUCCUACAGACUACUGCAUGGUGCUGAAGCACCCUCAGAUCCAGAAGAAGUCUCAGUACAUCAAGUACCUCUGUUGUGAUGAUGUCAGAACCCUCCAACAAUGGAUCAACAGUAUCCGCAUCGCCAAGUACGGGAAGCAGCUGUACAUCAAUUACCAGGAGGCAAUGAGGAGGACGGAGGCAGCCUACGAUUGGUCCUCCCUCUCCUCUUCCUCCAUCAAGUCUGGAUCCAGCUCCUCCAGCCUGCCAGAGUCCCAGUCCAACCACUCCAGCCAAUCAGACAGUGGCGUAUCAGAGAUGACAUCAUCAGGCCACACCCGCUCCCAGAGUGUUGUCAGCUCCAUUUUCUCUGAUGCCUGGAGAAGAGGAACGCAAGGAGAGAUGAUGAGGAUCGACCCUAUCAGUAGGCCUAUCCCUGUCCAGAUACCUUCUCUCUCCCCGCAGCCCCUCCCUCUCUCUCAGACCCCACCCUCCCGGAGCAGCUACACAGAUGGCCUCGUCCAAUCUGAGGAUUCGUCCCCGUCACCGCCCUCGCCUCCUCCACCGCCACCUCCCGCCAUCGCAAGUGUGGCCCAUCAGCCAGCACCUACCUCCUCAUACAUUAAGUACAGCACACUGGCUCGCCUGCAGAGCCAAAACCAAUCUGGGACACAGCUGGCAGGAGCCACCUCUCCUGGCCUCCUCACCCAGUCUACCAAAUCCAACUACAAUACCCUCCCAGCUACUUACAGCACCUCCCCUCCACUACCACCGUCUCCUCCCCCUCCUCCUCCACAGACGGUGCCGGCUCCUGGCUCAGCCAUGGCCGCACUGAAAUUUGGUCCACCAAGCCCCUCUGCUCUCCCACCACCACCCCCACUGGAGGACGACUUGCAGGAGCCCUUCUACCUCCCGCCUCCUCCACCGGAGAGCCUGGAGACCAAUGGUUUGCCUCCCCCUCCCCCGCCAGAGCAUAGCACCAACUCCUGCCCUCAACUUUCCAACAGCGGUCUUCAGCAGUUCCUGGCACAGAAGUUUCCCAACAUGGUGUACGACUUCAACACAACAGUGGCUGAGGAUAAUUCUCCUCCCUUUCCUCCACCUGAACUUUCUCCUCCUACCUCCCUACAAGUUCUGCGGCCCCUGUCUCCCAAUGCACCCCCACCUGCACCUCCCAAAACUUUCACUGGUGGUUUUCCCCCUCAAACUGCUCCCAAACCCUCUGGUCCCUCUUCCCUUCCAAUCGCCCUCUCACCUGUGUCACCAACACAGCCCCUCAGCAGCCACGGACCAGUUAAAAAGCAGCAAAGUUUCUCAACAGGACAUUCUCCAAAUCAACCACCUCCCACCCUGCCAAAGCAGCACAGCCUCUCCUCCAAAAACCUUGCCCUCUCUCCCUCUUCUUCCUCUUCUUCCGUCUCCAUCGCGGCUGCUACCUCCUCUUUGGUCAAACAGAUUGUCAAUCAGUUCCCUGGAAACUCUCCUCCUUCCACUCUACCUGCCUCCAACUCAAUGGAAGGAUCUAAAUUCACUGCUCCUCAGUCUCCUCCAGCGGUCAAGGCCAAACCGAAGUGGCAGCCAGGAGGCGUUGUGGCUCCACAGUCACCAGAGUUCCCCCCACCUCCUCCUGACAGCUCCAUAGGAGAUUUAAAUCUUCCUUCCUCUUCAUCCUCCUCCAAGACAGGUUCCCCCAUAAAGAAGUCACCUUCCUCCUCAUCCACAGGAUCCACGAAGCGGGGGCCUCCACCAGCCCCACAGAGAGCCUCCUCCAUCAGGUGCAGCUCAUCAGGUGAGAGCCAGGACGAGAGGCCAAAGAAGGUAGAAAGCCUGGUCAACAAGUUUGGCCAAGCUCCUCAAACAGGCACCUCUUCCAGCUCCUCGUCAGUUACUGGGUCUCCUUCGAAAGAUUCCUCUGCGCUCCCUACUCCGCUCCCUAAGCCGGGGAAGCUGAACUUGGCGAACCUCCCGCUGGCGCUCCAGGGGCUGCAAACGGGCCAGCACCAUCAGCCGUCUGAGUUCCCAUCCCCUCCUCCCCCACCCCCCCCUUCUCAGCCUCCUCACCUCGACUCAUCACCUGACUACUUCCCGCCUCCUCCCAGUGACUUUGAGCUUUUCCCUCCCCCCCCCCACCCAUCAGAGUUCCAUCACCCCCCAAAGGUCGCCGUGGUGAACCCGCAGCCUCAGAUGCAGCCACCUCAACAGUUGGCAACAUCCUCCUUGUCAUCGUCAUCAUGGAAACAAGGCUCACUGAAAAAGGGGGCAGUCCUGCCUCCAACACUGAACCGGCGGACCAGCAAUACCACCCAGUAUGACAACACAUCUUCAAUGCCCCUCUCACCGCCUCCCCUGUCUCAGACCCCACCUCCCUCCCUGUCCUCUUAUUCUUCCUCUUCUCCCAUCCCUCCAACCUCCCCGAAAUCACCAGGGCCGAGCACCCUGGCACUUAAGCCUCUCUUCCUGGAAGACCUCAACCGCACCCUUAAGAGGAAGUCAGUGUCUCGCCAUGGCUCACUCACAUCUUCCCACCUCAUCUCCUCCUCUAAGAUGGAGCCUAUGGGCACCAUGGACGACAUGGCACUGCUCCCGCCUCCUCCCCCUGAGCUCCUGCAGCAGCAACAGCAGGGUGUCAGAGGACACUCCCACACUUUAUCUCGCCACCACACACACUCCCACUCCACCAAACAUGCCAACAUCUCAGGCUAUGCAACGCUGCGGCGAGGCCCACCUCCCGCUCCUCCGAAACGGGACCAAAGCACCAAACUGACCAGUGACUGGUAGGAAACAAUGACACUGGGGUUGAGCCUAAAAACUGAACUGACCAUUUAGGUCUCAUAGUUCCUGCAGAGAAGAAAUAAUCAGUGUCUGUCUUGACUUGUCUGUCUCUCCUCAUCCUAAACCAUCCACCCCUGGAUUCCGAGCAAGUAGCAAAUUGUCUUUCCUACUCUUAAUCUCAGAUUAUGAUUGUUCCUAUAAUCCUCAUUAUUACUAUCAUCAUCAUUAUUACUAUCAUUACCAAUACAUGUUAAUCCAAUGACAUGAGUAAAAAUAUAUAUAUGUAUAUAUAUAUAUAUAUAUAUAUAUCUCUGUAUACAAGCAAGCCAGAAAAAUCACCAAUCAAGCUUUUUUCACAAUGUCUGUGCAGCUUUGCAUUGAAAUAUACAAAAGACGAGACUUGAACGACAACAGCAACAGAGACAAUUUGCUGCAAAAUAACUGGUACUGCAUGGAGCCGUGGCAAUGGAAGUAACGUUACCGAUGAAGGGAAGGAGGGAUUAACGGAAGGAACAAGAGAUGCAAAAGUGUUGUGUAUAAAAAUUUAUGUUAUGAACUAGGGGGUGGGAGCAAUGCCAUUUAUUUCAAACUUUUGUGUGUGUUUUUAUAUAAGAUUAUUUAAUACUGGAAAGAUAUUAUAAUUAUUUUAAGAAGUGUCAAAAGAGAAUGAGUUUGACUGGACGUGGGUCUGUAUUCUCAAAAUAUGUCAAAAUGUUGAUCUGGGUUAUCAAACUAGCAUACAGCUAGUUUUACUGAGUUUAUAUUUGGAUCGUUUCAUCAAAUCAUAUAUUUACAUUUAGAUGGCUGAUUGGUUGGUGAACAAGACGGGAUAAGACUUAAUACUUAAAUGCACAGUAAUUAAACAAACAGUUGCUGUCAGAAUCAGCCAAUAAGGCUGUGCUCAGAUUACAGAUGUUUUGAAAUCCUAACCAGUUUUAAAAAUCAAAUUGCAUCACAGAUUAUAAUUAUCACACCAGAGGGAACUACACAUCAGUUACCACUUCCUCCCUUCACUCUGUAAAAUUAGAUGUCUUGGGGGCCAUCAGGAUAGAUCCGACAAGUCUAGACAUGCCUUUAAUUCAACUCAGCUGACCAAAUAACACGUUUGUUAAUAUCAAUCACUUUUGCAUUAUUAGGACUGUCCCACAGAGACUCAACCAGAACCUCCUUUAAUCUGAGCUCAGCUUUAGCAUGUCACUCAAUCAGCAACAAAAAGAGAAUACUUUGGACACACUGUGGUGACAGACUUGAUACCACUUUAUUUAAACAGACUCUAUUCUGUUAAUUCAUUAGUAAGUCAGUUAAAUAGGUAAUUGUUUGAUAUCUAGUAGACCAAGCUGCUAGUCAGCUACAAUGAACUGAAGGUGAUCAUCAAUUUGCUAGUUAAUAAAUCAGCCACUUCUUUUUCAUCUUAACACUGGCCAAUCAUUUUGCUAAUUAAAGGUGUAUGUCCACUUAGCAUGUUAAAUGAUCAGAGAAGCCCAAGGGAUGCCCUGGGAACAAGUGCCUGAAAAACACAAUGCUCAAACUGCUCACAGGUGCGCGGUGACAUCAUACCCCGCAGGAACCUUUGACUGUAACUGUGAUGUCAACCAUUAGCUUUCUGACAUUUUGAAGCCAGGAGUUUACCAUUCACACACUGCCGUCUUUGUCAGAAAAUCCAAAUUUGGGCAAAUACAAGGAAGCCUGGGAGGACAACAAGCAGCAACUAGCUAAGGGCGAGAGUGAUAGGCUUAGACAACUGUCAGGCGAGAGAACCUACUGGUCUUCAGACCUUAGUGUCUCAUUAAUGGAUCAUCAUGACAGCUGGUUUUGGAGCAGGUUGAGGUACAAUUGUUAACCAACACUUACACUUCAUUGGUAAUAUAAAAGAAAAAAAUUUAAUAAAAGAUGCAGUGGCGGACAUUAGUGCCCAUGCCCAGAGGCCUCAGGUAUUACAGGAGUCUCUUUUAUGGUUGCGACACCAUUGAGCUCCAAUAUCCAGUUUUAAUUCUUUAUUUCUUACUUGGGGUAACUUCUGUGUUUUGGCUCAGUUUCUGGUGUUGUAAAGAACAACAUUGUUUGUUAUUGCAAGUUCAAACUUCAGUUUCCUCUUCUAUGAUAGGUAUUUUAAUGAAUGAGUGACAAAGACCAAGCCUCUUCUAAUGUUUUUGCCAAAUUUCAACCAGAUUUUAAGAUAUUUGUUUAACUCAUUAGUUGAUUACGGGAAAUUAAUCUGCACCAUGUUUUGUAAUUAUUUAAAUAACUUUUUUAAGCAAAAAUCUCAAGAUUCACUGGUUGGAGCAUCUCAACUUACUGGUUUUCUUAAUCAAGUGAACUCUAGUGAACUGAAAACCUUUGGGUUUUAGACUCUUUAGACAAAAUGAUCAUUUUAAAUACAUCAACUUGGGCUCUGGGAAAUUGUGAUGGAGAUGUUUCACUACUGCUUGGGGAUUCCCACACAAAAAAUGAAGAGCUAUAUAAAUAAAUAACAGAACCUGGCGUUAGGAGGCAGUGACAAGCACUGUACAAGCAAGUGGCACUUCAAGUAUGCCUAAUGGAUACACCCUGAGUCACUUUGGGAAUUAGCUAUCUAGUUAGCUAGUAAGUUGGUACAUAAGUAUUCUGGUUUUUAGCAACACAUUUGAAAAAGUGUCUGUGUUAGUCAGUUAGGUAGUUAUAAUCUCUUAUCUUUCAGUUGGGCGGGUACGUCAGAUUAGAUUAGCCAGCUGGAUAAAACCAGUCAGUUAAGUAGUUAGCUAGUCUGCAGCUCCAUCCAAGCGCCCUUCCACACUCUUAUAGUUACAGAAACAUAAUUUUAAAGAAGUGAAAAACUGUGUCCAGAUCAGCUGAUAAAGACUUUCUACAUACAUUUUCUGGUCAUAGUUACAUACUUAUUAUGUGCAUCUGAACCUAGGUCUGUUUCUACCAUCCUGUUUUUAUCAUCCUUGCAGUCACUAGAUUAAAAAUGAUCUGCAUGACAUGUCACCACCAGUGCAACAGUACAGAUGCCAAAAAUGUGAUAUUUCUGCCCCAGUUUUGAUUUUUAAUGUGCAGUCGUUUCUGUUGUUGAAGUACUCAGAUUUAAUUUGAAUGUAUAAUUACAGUUACAAAAUUAUUUCAAUUAAUUAUAACAUCAAAUGUGUCUGUUUUGUGAUAUUGUUGGAGGGGAGAAGUCAACUGAAAAGUACUUCCUGUGUCCACUGCCCUGCAGGAAAAUAAUCACUAGGCCUACAUCAUGGUGUUUUUCAGUGACACUCAAGAACAACAUACAGUUUAAAACUGAUCAAUGUCUUGAAAUGGCUUGCUCAAGGACACCCAGCAGAGCACAUGGCUGUUAUUGGUGUCAAAUCUGCUGUUGCAUUUAAAAUAAAUGAGAAAAUUUGUUAAA